AUGCCGAGGAUUCCCGUGUCCGUACUCGUCAAGGCCUAUCGUAGGAAUCCUCUUCUCCCACUACUCCUUAAAGAAUGCCGUUCGCUCGACUCGGCUCGCAAUGAGCUCCGGUGGCUCCGUGAACGCGCCCUGCGCGAUAGCCGGUUGCCCGGGCGGUUGCGAGGAUCGUGGCCAGGGUGGAGGGCGCGCUUGAGAUCCAUGUGUCUCUGGCGCUCUCGAGGGUUUCCUCUGCAGUACAUCCUGGGCGACCAGCCCUUUGGUGACCUGGAAAUUCUCUGUCGACGAGGCGUGUUAAUCCCAAGACCCGAAACCGAGUCUUAUACAGUCGAAGCGGCCAGGUUGAUCCGCCAGGCUCUGGCCCAAGAGGAACCAGGGUCUCCCGGGACUCGAUCUCUCCGGGUCCUCGAUCUCUGCACUGGCACGGGCUGUAUAGCGCUUCUUCUCCAUGCGCUCCUGGCUUCUCAUUUCAAGGAUAUGAUCGUCUUGGGGGUGGAUCUCAGUCCUAUAGCGCUCAACUUGGCGCAGAAGAACCUCGAUCACAAUGUAGACAAGGGCUUGCUGUCUCGUCGAGCAUCCACCGACAUCCACUUCCAACGUGCCGAUGUACUGGGACGGAGUGAUAGCUCGAUCCCUGCCGUGGAGGAAGUCUUACCUAAAUAUUUUUCACAAUCUGGGGCAUUGAGCGAACCGUCGGCAACCAGAUGUGACUUGCUGAUCUCCAAUCCACCCUACAUCUCCGCCUCGGAGUUUCGUGACGGGACCACGGCGCGCAGUGUUCGGCUCUUCGAGCCGCGACUAGCACUGGUACCGCCUGCUACCGGUUCCACGGAGGAUGCCCAAGACAGACCCGAGGAUAUUUUCUAUCGCCGCAUUCUCACUCUUUCAAUCAAGCUGCAGGCCAAAGUUACCGUGCUCGAAUGUGGAGAUAUGACGCAGGCCGGCAGAGUGGUUGAGAUGUACACUGCCAUGACAUCAAGCCACUCCGAUCACUCGAGUGCAGAGAUUUGGCCAAGCACCGAGCGAGAUCUAGCUGCCAAUGGCUUCCACCCCUACGAUGGAUCACGAUGUGUCAUCAUCAAAAGGUGGGCGAGGUGA